AUGUGUCGUCUAACGUGUCACAUGUUAGGUUGUGACAGGAUCACAUUUGUCGAUAUGCUUGAACGAAAUAAUGGUGAAAUCAAAGAUAUAAUUGAUACAUUUUUGAAUACAUUUGAAGGCCACGAACGAUCGUAUGCGUUAGUAUUUCAUCGAGAAGAUUCAACCAACGAAGUUUGGAGAUUGGUUGGAAUCGUUGAUGAAGAGGAAUUUGAUGAUAUUGACGAUGAUGAAAAUGAUAGACAAUUAAUUUUGAAUGUUAAUGAAACAAUUGAUGAAAACACAAUUUACAAAGUUGGAUAUGUAUUUGAACAUGCUCGAUUAUCGAGUGGUGACUCGAUUCAAAAUACAUUUCAAAUUAUUCAACAAGCAAGACGUUUAUUGGCAAUUAAUCAAUUUGAUGGUAAAAAGUAUCGUUUUGAACGACGAUUAUUUGAUGAAGCUCAGCUAUAUUGUGAAUAUCGUCAGUAUUCUCAACAAUUAUAUUCAAAACCAUUUAUUUAUUUUAUUCGAACAGAUACUGAGAAACGUUUACAACAACCAUCGACAUUAGAAGAAACGGAUAUAAUUAUGAGUGAAAAUCUCAUAUAUGGUAUUAUACCCAACAAAUAUCCACUCUUUUCAUUAGUCGAUAUAUUAUCGUCUGUCUUUGAAAAUUUAUUGCAAUUAAAUGAUCAUAAAAUCACAGGUGAAACAUUAUUAACUGAUUCAUCAUCAAAUUUGAGAAGUAAAAUAUCAUCCACUACACAAUUACCAAUAAAAGCAUUUGAUAUUAAAUCAUCAUCAUCUUUACAACAAGAAAUAAUGUAUGGAUUCGAUGAUUAUAUUAUCAAUGAAACAAAUUGUCGUUAUGCACCAAAAAUGGCUUUGCAUCGAUUUCAUCUACAACUUCAAAGUACAUUGAGACAAAUGCAAGGUGAAUUUCAAUUACACGUACCCAUUCAACUAUUAAACAAAAAUUUAAUUACAUCUGGCGAUGAGACAGAAGAAGAGUAUAUUGAAAAUUUAGAAUAUUUAAUCUAUGAUUGGGAAACAAUUUUACAUCAGGAGUUGAACAAUGAAUUGAGUAAAAAAGUAACAAAUUCAUCACCGUUAGCCGAAUUAGAAUUUUGGAAAGAACGAAGUAUACGAAUGACAUCGCUUCUAGAACAAAUGAAAAAAGAGGAAGUUCUUCGUAUAAUAAAUAUAUUACGAGAAAUUGAUAGUCCAUCAUUAUCUGGUUACAAUAAUAUACGUGUACAAUUAAAUAAUUAUUUAUCAGAAGCACAAGAUAAUUAUAAAUUCUUAUUAACUAUGGAACGUCAUUUAAAAACAUUACAAAUGGGUUCAUCAUUUCAAUCAGUUAUUAACAUAUUACCAAAUUUAAUGCAAGGGUUAAAAACAAUUUGGACAAUGUCAAAAUAUUAUAAUAAAGAUGAACGAAUGGUGCCAUUUAUGGAAAAAAUGGCACAUGAAAUAAUAAAUCGCGUUCGACAAACAAUUGAUAUAACCACAAUAUUUUCAAAUUUCACGUUAAACGAAGCCAAAGAACGAUGUGAAAAUGCAAAACAAUUGUUAUUACAAUGGAAAAAAGAUUAUAAUAAUACACGAUUAAAAUUAGAAACGGAUAAACGUGGAAUAUUAUCAUGGAAUUUUGAUUAUCGUAUAUUAUUUGAAAAAACGGAUUAUAUGGCUCAAAUUUGUGAUGAUUUAAUUAAAAUGGCCAUGGAUUUAGAUGAAUUCUAUGAUAUAUUUGGACCGGACAUGAAAGCUGUUACAGGUGAAGAAGAAAUGGUUGAUAAAGUAUUAGAACAUGUUGGUGAUUUGAAAAAAGCAUUUUCUCUAUGCUAUUUUGAUAUAUUUGAUCGAUUGAAUCAACAACGAUGGCAAUCAUUAAUCGAUGAGUUUAAUCAUCGUUCAACUGCUAUUGAACAAGAAGCAAAAAUGUUUAUACGAGCAUCAUUUACACAACUGAGAUCAGCCGAAGGUGCAUUUGAUAUGUUAAUAAAAUUUCAAAAAAUUGGUACAGGACAUGUGCUUUCACACGAAAUGAUACGUCAAUUUACGGCUAUAUUAGUUCAAUAUCGGCGAGAACUAGACACAGUUCGAGAGAUAUUUCUGAAACACAACGCUAAUCCGCCUGUAUUCAAAGUGAGCAGUUUUUUAAAAAGUUUUUCAUAUGUAUUAACGUUCUUCUGA